GUCCAAGCCGAAUAUCCUUGUCUCUCAGCUCUCAAAAUGUUUCAGGUAGUGCAUGUCCUGCUCCUUAGACCUCGGCCGCUGCUGUGCCUCUCGGGCGUAGUUUCAAGGCUACUAUCGAGCCGCCAUACCCUCACGGUUGAGGAGCCUUGAAGACUAUAAAAUCCUUCUCGUGCGCUUUGCGACAUUCUGGUCGAUGCAGUGUUUAAAUCUGUUUAAAUCAUCUAGUGUUAACGACGACAGCCAACGAACGGUAUCGAUGAAGUCAUGCCUAAUUAUCAUGAAGCUGAUGUUUACCAAUUGUCGAAGCACAUCAGGGACGUGGAACACCUGAAAGAAAUCCUGGAAAUUUCCUCGGAAUGUACCAACUGUUUCGCUUUUGCACCCAAAUCCGCUUUUCCGGGCCAAUGUAGCAGAGUACUCGGAAGAGGAAGAUCCCUCACCAUUAGAGGGCGUAUGAACGACUUGCUAAAGGCGAUCAAUAGCAGCAAAGGUGAGGAGGAUGAGGGUGUUCUAUUACGGCUGCGGGACGUUGCCCGCGCGGCCAUUUGCAUGCCAGGACAUGUUGUGCCGGUGUUCAAGCAUGGAUAUUCCUAUGCUACCCAGGAAGCAUACGUUGAGGCACUACUGCAGAGCCGCCUGCGCUCGUACCAUUCAUCAAUCACCGCCGUGGAGAAAAUCGAAGACACAAAAACGAUUGGCAAGGGGGAUGAUGUGGUCUCAAUCAACCCCAGCGCUUCGACUCGCUUCGAUUCCAACAGUGCAACCAAAUUUGAACCUGGUGCCAGCCUCGAAGAAAUCAUAGACGAGGACAAGUAUAAUGAAUUGUCUCACGACAACACGAUCGAAACGACAACAAUCGUGAACUACGAAGCCAAACGGCAUGUAGCUAGUGCGAUGAGGGAUGCACUGUGUGGACAGACUGGGACGGAAGCUAGUCGCCCUCUGUAUGAACAGCCACCUCCCCGCACACCAGAGAGGCCACUGCUCCAAUACCUGUCGUCUCCAAGUACCUACGAUGCCUCGUCUCCGGAAUCUGUCAUCUCUGAGGAGCCCACCAGGCUUUUCGAUCUAUCGGACAGCUAUAUUCCGGAAGAAACUCCCCUUAAGGAGGAUGCAACCGUCGAGGCUUCGUUCCUGGGCAAAGUUCUGUCCGAGAGUCCCCUUGCGAGACCAGCAUAUCUUUCCAAGACGGGCAAGACAGUUGACCGACACAACGACCUCAGCUACGAACAUGCUUCGAGUGAAAUCACCGAAAUAAGAGCAUUGCCUGCGUUGCCGCCUCCUUUGAUAAAAUAUACCUCAGUUGGAGACGACGAAGCUCCAGAUGGAUGCGGAGAAGAUGAGGUCGUGUCGACUAAUACCUGUGAGAACAGUCGACACGCCGACUCUGUAGUGCAAUAUCCCAUUCUGCGAAGACGCCACUCCCACUCUCACUUAGGGUCGAAUUGCUCAAAAUUGGAUAACUCCUGCCCGCGCUCAAACGUUGGGCCACCCGCUCUAAAGCUUCGGUUAUUCCGAAAGCAGUCUAUGGAUCUGGAAGACUUCCAGUGGUGGGAAAACUCCAUAUACGGGCCUCGGAGUGAUUACGAAGAGGAUCAAGCCUACAAUCUACAGAGGUUCCGUUCUAGGCCUACAAGGAAGGGGAUUGACGGAAAUAUGCCAACACUUGGCACAAAACGCGAGAUGAGAUUCGGCGAGUGGAAGACGCAGAACAACAUGCACCGGCCCAUACACGGUAUUAUUCACCGGAUCCGCGAAUCGCUGACGAAUACCACGCACGUCUCGGGUUACGUGUACUGCUUCAGAGAAAGGAGCAACCUGGACUUUCGCAAGAUCGGCUAUGUGGAGGCCGAACCACCGACUGCAUAUCGACACCAAGACGGCUGUUUGAAUUCGAUGUUCUGGCAGCAGAGCUUCGUCGGGCUUGAUGAAGAAAAGGCUCCACCGGAAGUGCAAGAAAGGCUUGAUACUUGGGGCAAGAUUUGCUCAUUAGAUGCCGUGCACGAGUUUAGCAUAUUCAUGCCGUGCGCUGUCAGGUCAAUGGAAGCCCUGAUCCAUAAAUCGCUGCACAAAUACCACCGGAAGGUGGUAGAAUGCAGGAGAGCCGACUGUACGACACAACACCAGGAGUGGUUCCAAUUGGAAAAGCACGCCGCUCGGGACGUUGUCCAUUUAUGGAGGACUUUCAGUCAGUCUGAACCUUACGGCCAGUCGGGAGUGCUGUGUGAGUUUUGGAGCAACAAGUCUUGGGAGAUGUACAAAGCAUCAUUCUUCGACAGGAGUAACGUUAAAGCUUGGAUGGAGUCUCAUCUCAAGAGCGCUAUCGAGCAGGCCAGACAAGCGAAGGAUAAGAAACGUAUAGAGAAGUUCCAUGAGGAUUUGUUGCGCCUAAAGUACGACAGGAACCGUUCCGAGAAAUAUAUACUGCGUGUAGGCACUAUUUAA